AGUCUGUACAUAAACCGGUUGAUCGCCGAGCUCAGCAGCACCUAUCAAGGUUGUUAUGUAGACGGAACAUGUGUCAACAAUAUUAGUUAUGCAGACGAUAUGGUGCUGCUGAGCCCAUCGAUCAGCUCAAUGAUGAGCCUGCUAAAUAUUUGUGAAAAAUAUGCGGAGGCCCAUGGGCUCAGAUACAAUGUAAGGAAAAGUGAAGUAUUGGUAUUUAAGGCAGGCACUAAAACAUACCCGAUUGCAACACAGCUGAAACUUUGCGGAAGUCCUCUAAAGCAAGUCACAUCGUUCAAGUACCUGGGCCACUGGGUUUCCGAAGAUCUAAGAGACGGCUUAGACAUAGAGCGUGAACGCAGGGCGUUGGCUGUCCGCUGCAAUAUGUUGGCCCGCAGAUUUGCAAAAUGCUCGACUGACGUUAAGAUAACGUUGUUUAAAGCGUACUGUCAGUCGUUCUAUACGUGCGGUCUGUGGGUCGACUACACGCGGAGGGCAUACAACGCUCUGCGAGUUCAAUACAAUAACGCAUUCAGGGUGCUGGUGGGGUUGCCGCGGUACUGCAGUGCCUCUGGCAUGUUCGCAGAGGCAGGUGUUGAUGGUUUUCAUGCCAUCAUACGAAAACGUUGUGCCUCAAUUAUGCAUAGGGUGCGUGUCAUCCCCAAUAGCAUCCUGAAGACUAUAGCAGACAAAUGGGACAGCCCUAUACUGGGGCAUUGGAUACGCCUGCAUGCUAUUGUGGCGUAAGUCAUGUUUUAAUUGUAA